AUGGUCGCAGAUCAGUAUGGUCUGGAGGUGACAACCACCAACCAGGCCUGUGCUAAAGCGGUGGACUCCUACUACGAGGCAGUGCUAGCUUACCGGCCUUUCCGAUUAUGGUCCGCAGCGGCUGAUGAAGCAAUGCGGCAAGACGCAUCGUGCCCGAUGGCGCGCGUGCUUGCAGCUGACUGCUCCUUUUGCCAAGGUGAUGCGGCGAAAGCCAAGGAGCUACUCGAGAAGCUGGGGGAGGAGGCAGAGGCUUCUUCGCCAUCUUGGUCGUGGCGCGAGCUGCGCUACGUGGAGGCCUGGCGCCACUGGGUGCUGCAGGGAGACCCUUCUGGCUGCUACGUAGCGCUGAGCGAGGUUGUCUCCCGCUAUCCAAGUGACUUGUUUGCGGUAAAGCGUGGCCACAUCAUGGGCCUCAUAUUGGGUGAUGGAUCCAAGAUGCUAUCCAUCGUUCAGCCAGCGGCAGAGAAUGCAAAGUCAACACCUCCGCCGAAAUAUUUGCAUGGCAUGUGGUCCUUUGCGUUGGAGCAGGAGGGCCAGUACAAGGAGGCAGAGCGCAUUGCCUGGGAGGGCUUUGGCUUCGAGAAGGAGCUGGGCCCAGAUGCCUGGCUGGACCACAGCCUGGCACAUUCCCUGUACUUUCAAGGAGUCGACCGCUUGGACGAUGCCAUGUCUUUCAUGAAGGAGCGCAGUCGAACAUGGCCCAAGGAGGACCUGCACCCGUUCCUUUACACGCACUGCUGGUGGCACUUGGCUUUGUUGUACACAGAGAGCGGUGACUUCGAGCCUGCAAUUGCGAUAUUUGACGAGCGCUUGUGGCCUGAGGGCCCGGAAGGCUUGUCACAGGGUGGCGACCCUCAGGUGCAGCUCAAUGCGCUCAACCUGCUUUGGCGAUUGGAGACGCGACGUCAGGCAGAUCUGGCGGGACCACGCUGGCGACGCGUUCUGGAGGGUUGCCGUGGCCUUUCGUUGCCAAAGGGCGGCGCCAAAGGCACAUUGCAGCAUUGCGACCUCUUGCUGGAUAUUCUGUUGAUCCGGGGGUUAUGCGUCACUGCUGCCCAGGACCCGCAGCCGCUGGACGAGUUCCUCACGGCUGUGCAGAAGCAUUCGGAGGAGAUGGCAGCCGGACCGGGCGGCGCCGGCGGUCGUGCGGAGGCCUAUCGAGACCUCGCGCGGUUCGUUGCGGAUGUGUUCCGCUCGGAUCUGCCAGACUCUGCAGAUGCAGCGGAGAAGCAGCUCAAGGCACGAAGUGGCAUCCUCGAGCUCAAGGCUCAGUGGGGCUGCCUUGGAGGAAGCGAAGAGCAAAGAGGCAUCCUGCUCGAGGCCGCAAAAGGUCCAGUGGUUUGCGGGAACACGCAGGUUGAGAGAGUAGCGGAGGUAAGCAGCGGUGGUGGCUGUCACCUGCUGUAG